AACGAGGCUCGAACUCCAAGGUGGAAACGUGUUGGAAAUUCCCUAAAUUUCCCGUGUGUACAGGAAGACUUUUGUUUACAAUUAUCUUCGCCUAUACUUUAUACGUUUAUAAGCAGAUUUGACAAAAAGAAAGGAGAGAGAGAGAGAAGUUCAUUGUAAUUUUUUGUCACCCAGACCUCAGUGUCGCAGCAAGGAUGAGGAAGAUUCGGCUGUCAGAUACUGACAUUGAAUUCUUUGAUUUGGAGGUUUCUCCGACAGAGUUCAUGUUCUUCCAAAAGCAUAAAGAUGCUUUCAGAUGCAUGUGGAAGGAACAGGGGAAACCAUUCUGGACAAAGUUUACAAUAACUUUCCGCAGUUUUACUGUCAAACAUGGAGUCAUCAAACAGAUGUCAUGUGACACGCCAAAGUUUGAAAACCUUUUGGACCAAGCUUUUAUUUACAUACAUGAACAGUUUGUAGAUGGAAAAGAAGCCAUGGCUCGGGGAUUUAUAGAUGAGUGUGCUAGACUUGCUCAAAACCAUGAUAAAUUUCCCCACCUUGACUCCAAAUCAUUCACAAAAGACCCUUUCUAUUCAAGAGAUACAAGAGACCUUUUCAGACGUUUUUUUGGUAGUCCUGACCAGAAGAGUUCAUAUGUAAAGGUGUAUGUUCUGAGCCCCAUUUACCUACGAUUUGGAGGAUCUGUUUGUCGCUGUUUAAAAAAAUGGAUGGAUGCACCAUCACAGGAUUGCACAGAUGAAUCUUACUGGAUUCCACCAUCUCAACCUCAGAUAGAGGAUGCUUCUACAACAAAGGCACCAGUGCUCAUGUGUACAAACUGUCUUGAUGACUGUGGCACACGUUACUUUAAGGAGCGUAUAUGUGGCCAGGCAAAUGGACCUAAAUUUCUUGAUUACUGGAAGUUGGGGGACCCUCGGUUCAAUGACCCUGAUAACCCUUUGUACAAUAAAAAAGUGGAACGUGAUAGUGAUUGGCGGGACCGACUCUCCCCCGAGGACUUUAGGGAUUUUGUUCAUUUUGCAAAAUUUCGAUAUGGGACUGAUGAAGAAAAGUGUAGAGACUGUUUGUCUCUGGUAGAUAAAGACGAUGGGUAUGUAACCAAUGUCAACCAAAAACGGGAUAAUGAAAAAAAGAAGAAAAAGAAAAAGAAGAAAAAAGAUAAACAGGAGGUAGCUAGGGAAAAACGAAAGGACGAAGUGGAAGAGGAAGUACAGAGGAUAAUUGAUCAUAUAACCGGAAAAAAUCCCCAGCAGGACAUGCCGCCAGUGCUGAGAGUCCGUACCGACACUUCUGUAGGCCAAGGACACCCAGCUGUAGAUAUGCAAAUAGACAUGUGCCCUAUAGCUAACACAACUAGUCCCAGCACUACAAUCCACAACAUUGCCAAGAACAAGAAAGUCCUGUUUGGUAGCGAUGCUAAACGCUCUGAUGACAUCAAGUUUGGCAUCCUUGGAAAUGAGGACUUUUCCAAAGGAAAUGUAGUGGGUGGUUUUCGGGUGUUAAAACUGGAGGAUGAGGGAACAGGUGCUAAGGAGAUUACUAUAUCUGUUAAUGCUGUCGAUGGAUUCCCUGAGAAUGGAGAUAAGAAAGCAGAGACCACUGAAAGUAAUGGUAACACUAACAGACUUUCUGCUGAGCUGAUCAAGAGCAAGAUUGAAAACCUACCAGACAAGAUGGAAUGGUGGGAAGGGAUUGGCUGGUGUGCCUGUGUUAUGAACUACGAAGUCGAGGAGAAGGAUGUUUGUCCCAAUAAUUACACCAACUUUACUAUCAAGAUUACUGGCAAGAAUGAGAUGGCCAUCAAACGAGUCAUGUUUAAAUUGCUGAUAUAUGUGAGUAAUAGAAAGAAGCGCCCUAGUCCUGGCUGGACCAUGGAUGAUGACGAUGUGGUAGCCAGCGUACUUCCUGAGGAGAUCCCUGAGGAGGAGGGUAUCAUCAUUACACUGCAGCAGGGCUUCAGGUUUGAAGAAAGGCUGUCCGAAGAGGAACGCAAAACUAUGAGUAGGGGGCGGUCAAGUAUUUUUCGGAACGACAAUAACGGGGAGGGGCCUAUGUGUUUUUAUGUCCAGCCCCAAGGAAUGAAGGAUAAAGAGCAGGUUCUUAUGGCCCUUGAUGGUGGAGUGGCUAAUGCUGUGGCCAAGGGAGAUCAAGGACCAAUGAAUUUUAAAAAAUUGCUGACAAGAAUAAGUGGCCAUUGUAUUGAUGACAAAGUUGGAUAUGGUACCCCAAAUUAUCCUCAGGUGACCAAGUCUAAGGACCCUUCUUUUUGUGAUUUACCUGACCCAUAUGAUUUGGAGAUAAAUAGGACUCCAAUGUGGGACCAGAUACUGCUGAGCCCCAGAACAUUUGAGCUUUUGUUUAUGGUGAACAAGGACAGAGAACAAGAGCUGAAGGAAUUUGGACUACGAAAUGUUGACCCCGAGAAUGUGCCCGGCAAGGGAAGAGAAAAGCAGCCACCGUUACAGACAUACUGCCGAACCUGUAGGAAGGAGGUUUUUGACUGUACAUGUAUAGAUAAGGUCAAGUUCAGUAAACCCAUCCCAUGUAACUGCACCAUGUGUCGUAAAAGGUCUAAUCAAAGUAGAGACACUACCCCACCAAAGGCUACAGUCACCAAGGAAACGCCGCCUUCAGGCAAGAAAUCCCAGGCAGAAGAGGCGGACAAUGAGUUUACUAUCACUGAAGUGAGCCGUGACAAAAAUGCACGUCCUGAACCUGUCACUAAACAGGAGCUAGAGCAUGGCUUUGAUCUCGUGGAGAAACGACUGAAAGAGGCAAGAAAGAUUAAAGAAGAAGCAAAGAAAAAGGAGACAACACAAAAGAAGGAAGAAGAGGGGAAAAAAGAAACAAAGAAAUCUCCACCUGGUAAGAGGCCUUCUGUUUCUGCUGUCCCUCCGAAGCCAGCUAUGCCUAAGGUGCAUCAGUUCACAAACAUGCCUUCAAGUUUGGAAGGGCCAUUGGAGCAGAUUUUAAAGGGUGGUAUGGAGGGAGUAUUCAAGUUCACUGCAGUACGGAAUCAGAACAGUGGACCUGCCCCUAGUCAACCCCUUAACUUCAUUGUGGAGAAUGUUACACCUCCGAAUCCUGGUGAAUCGGGCAGAGAUACUGGAAAUGGGAGAAAGAAGGAAGAUGCUCCCAAAAUGUCAGAGGAAGAAAAGCUUGCCAAGAGAAAACAAAUAGAGGAAAAAAUCGCAGAAGUGAGAAAAAAAGAGAAAGCAGAGGAACUAAAGAAACAACAGAAGGUAGCAGAGAUAAAACGUCAAGAGAAGCUUGCAGAGAUCAGAAAACAGGAAAGAAAGAAUGCAGAGUUCACAAAAAUGCCCAAGGUAGAGGGUAAUGAAAACAUGGAGGGUAUUGAGGAUGUUUUGUCUAACUUCAAGUUUAAACCAAAAGAAGAAUUUCCAGAAACUGACAUGAAAGCCUCUGACAGUCCGAAUAUUUCAACAACAGAUGCUCUCAUGAGAGAGACCAUGAUGGAUGUCAUCAAAGCAGGUCUCCGGGGAGAUGAGGAAGAAUCCUCAAGAAAGUUGAAUAAAAUGUUCCGUGACUGUCUUGGAAGUCAGAUGGGUGAGGAGGAAACCAGGAUCCUGCUUAACCUCAAAUCAUGUUCCAACUGCCAGAAGGUGGAGCCAAGUCCAAAAAGCUACAAAAAAUGUCUCAAGUGUAAAGAAAUGCGAGUGAAGAAUGCCAGAUAUUACUGUGGAAAAGAAUGCCAAGCAAAUGACUGGAUCCAAAGGCACAAGAAGGAGCACAAGGAGAAUCGCCUUGAUUGAGAUGGGAGACUUCCUGACAUAGACCCGCAGAAUUCCUCAGUAAAUGUCGGACCAGAAAGACCAGAACAGGACACGAGUACAGUGAUGUUUCAGAGAGUCAUGUUGACCAUGCUGACUUGUAUUUGUUAUCUGUACAUACACUGUGCUUUUAGGGACAAUUCAGUUAGGUCGCGAGACCUUUGUUCAAAUUAAAAAAAGUACCAUGUACUGUAAAUGUAUGUCACUCCUAAGUUUACAGAUUUAAGGAUGAGAUCAGCUGUUAUUGAAUGUCAUUGUGGUCAUCUUUUAGGGAAUCUGUGGAUAAACAUAACAAGGCCCUGUUGUAGGAAUGUAACACCUGAAAUAACAAUAACAAAUGGACAAACAAACAAACACAUAACAGGUUAAGAGGCAUUCUUGGGUCAAAGUAUGCAAACAACAUUCAAAAUUGUUUGUAUACAGCCACAAAGUAUACAACUGUAUGACUGAAGACUUCUUGAUAACUAAAAAAAAACCACUUUGGAAUCUACAUGGAAUUGUUGUUGAUGCAUCAACUAUAAUAUAUGAAGGAUUUAGUGACAUUAUUAUAAACGCUAAUUUCACCCAAUUGUCCAAAUGGUGACAUUAUUAUAAACGACUAACUUCACUGAAUUGUCCCUUUAAUUACUGUUUAUCAAAUCAUCCUUCUUCCCUUAUGUUGGUGACAGUAUUGCUUGUGUAGACUAAUUUUAUAUCUGUUGAAAACACUUUUAUUAUUAAAUAUUGAUAAUUGUAAGUCAGCUGGGUAUGUUUUACAAAGUAUAUAGUCAUACUGUUACACUAUUAUCAGGAUUGGUUUCCUGAGUACUGAUGAUGUGUAUCACUUUAGAAAGAUUUCUGAUUAUAAUAUUGUAUUUUAAAUCAUAGUGUGGUGGGAUAUCUUUAAAUAGAUGUAUCUCUCCCAUAGGAUGAAUUAUGGGAUAGCCGUGUGUAAUUAUCAGUGGUCGUGUCAUGAUUCUGUAAACACUGGAAAAGAGAUGGCAGAUUGUUUCAGAAAGUUUUCAAUGGUUUGGUAAAGUUUCUAGAUGUAGAAACUAAUUUUAUUAAUAAACAAUUUAUUUCAAUGUUACUAGUGUUGGGGCACUAUGGCUGGCCAUGUGACUAGUGGGAUACUAGUAGUCAUGCUACUAGUGGGAUACUAGUAGUCAUGUCACUAGUGGGAUAUUAGUAGUCAUGUGACUAGUGGGAUACUAGUAGUCAUGUGACUAGUGGGAUAUUAGUAGUCAUGUGACUAGAGGGAUAUUAGUGGUCAUGUGACUAGUGGGAUAUUAGUAGUCAUGUGACUAGAGGGAUAUUAGUGGUCAUGUGACUAGUGGGAUAUUAGUAGUCAUGUGACUAGUGGGAUACUAGUAGUCAUGUCACUAGUGGGAUACUAGUAGUCAUGUGACUAGAGGGAUAUUAGUAGUCAUGUGACUUGUGGGGUAUUAGUAGUCAUGUGACUAGUGGGAUACUAGUAGUCAUGUCACUAGUGGGAUACUAGUAGUCAUGUGACUAGAGGGAUACUAGUAAUGUGACUAGAGGGAUACUAGUAGUCAUGUGACUAGAGGGAUACUAGUAGACAUGUAACAAGUGGGAUACUAGUAGUCAUGUUACUAGUGGGAUACUAGUAGUCAUGUGACUAGUGGGAUAUUAGUAGUCAUGUGACUAGAGGGAUACUGGUAGUCAUGUGACUAGUGGGAUACUGGUAGUCAUGUUACCAGUGGGAUAUUAGUAGUCAUAAUUUUGUAUAAGAAUUUUUUGUGGGGUUUUGUUUUCCAUUAAUCAUAUCAUGGUUGCAGCAGAUUGAAAUAACACCAGAAUUUAUAUUAUAUAUCUAUGUAAUGUGUUAACCAAGAGAAAAUGUAUUUAUGUCAUGUUUUUUACAAGGGAUUAUUUCGCAGAAACUACAUCUUGGUGUCUUUGAAAGCCGAAGUAUUAUUGUAAACAGGCCAUUAGUGUGAAACUGUAGGAUUAUGCUUUCUUGAUUGUUAAUUAAAAAAAAACUAAAAGAAAAGUGUGGUUUUGUGUCAUUAUGAAUUGUUCAUACACAGAACAACAUAACAGUUUUUGUCAUCAUAAGAAACCACAAUUUUCUCGGAGUAUGUCAUUAUAAUAUGAAUUGUUCAUGAGGAGUACAAUGAUAUAACAGUUCAUUUUGACAAGUGGCAUAGUUUUCUUGGAGAUAUUGAUUAAUACAAGUAAGAAAUAUAUUUGUAUAUGCCUGUCAAAACUAGACAAUAGUAUUACAUUAUGGAUUUGUCCAUCAGUCUUGACGUAAAACUUUUCUUUGUUCAGAAAUCUCUCAGUUUUCAAACAAUCUCUGAGACUUGGUAGGCUUCAUCAAAUUGUGAUAUGAAGCUUUAUUUUCAUGAGCAGAAUUUUGAUUUGCCAGUGUUUCAGUAUUUUUUGUAAUUUCUGGAGAUCUCCUCUCUCAGUUUCCAACUGAUUUUUUUUAUAUAUUGUAGUAGGCUGAUUCCUUUUUGUAAGAGUUAUUGCUUUUUGCUUACAUCUUGGCCAUUUUCGUUUGUCACAGUCUAAACAGUCGGACCGGUUGGACAGUUUUUCAGGCAAACCUUGACAAAGACUUUCAAGGCCUGCAUUAACAUCUGCAGAUCCGUUAAGAUAUAUGCAUGAAAUAUUUCACUUAAAAACAGACGAACAGGUUUGUCUGCAUAAACAAAGAUGCCCUAAGUCUGCAGAUUUGUUACUUUUAAUAUGGUUUAUUUAGCAGUACUCCAUUCAUUUUGAUACAAGAAUCUGUUUUUUUAUACCUCUGAGUAUGCUCAUUACUGAUUUUGUGACAUGGUUAUAAAUCAAGUUAGAGUAAUACAGACGUUUAUAUUUAAUCAAAAGAUGAAUUAUUCAUUAAAAGUGGAACAGUUUAAAUAAAACAUGACUUGGAUACGUUUAUCAGAAUUGUAGUAUUUAGAAGAAGAUCAAGCUCUUCAGAUAGUCUUAAAAACGUUUUUCAGUAAGGAGCUUUCUUUUUAGUUACUUAGUUUAAAAAAAAUGUAAGCUGUUGCACAUUAUAUAAUAGUUGUUUAUGACACUGACUCUGGUAUGUUGUGAAAUACCAUGUCUGACUCCUUUUACUGUUAUUCAGUCAUAACUUGUGUAGUAUAUAUAUAUAUACAGAGAAGCAUUUUAGAACGUGGGUUUCAUUGCUUGUCAUUUUGUGUUUAUGUUUAGCCAACAUUAAGGUUGGAGACAAAACCUGGUUUAUUUCAGAGUAUUUGUAUGGAAACACUUUUAACUUUUCUCAAAUUUAAAAUUCUUUCUGAUUAUUCCUCUUGUAUGGUAUUUUUUGUGCAAGUUAAGUCACCUGGUUUGAAGCAUUCAGGUUAGGUCAUUGAUCAUCAUAUUACAAUAUACACUGUACAGAUUACAAUAUACACUGUACAGUAUUCUGUGUUGAUUAAUACCUUGGUAAGGUAAGUUUAUGAUAUUUAUGUAAUAUACAGUGGUUAUGAUACAGAAUAACCUGAAAGAUUUCAUACCUGUGAAUCAUGUAUGUGGAAUUUUGUUGUUUAAGUAUUUGAGUGGUUACCAGACAGCUGUUGUCAUACUUGUAAUAUAAUUUGAGGGACAGGUAAAUCGUUUAAUGUUUAGGUAUUACUUGUUACUUUGAUGAGAAAUAUGUAGAUAUAUAAUUACUGGAUAAGUGACAUGAAGUACAAAGUACAUCCCUACACAGACAUGGACCAAAGUCCUAGUAUAGAAUACGAUUUGUCUCAACAUACACAAUGUUAAUAAUUCUACAUGUAGUAUAAAUCAUGUUUUAAUGCCGGAAAAUGAGAGUUAUAAUUGACUGAGAGUUCUUUGUAAUUUUGUGGAAUUUCCUGAUACAUUUGAUGUAUCUGGACAUGGAGAUUUGUACAUAUAUGUACAAUCAUAUACCAGGUUUUUAACACAAUAUGAAAAAUAAAUUGAUAAAAAAUGGAA